GUACCCCUUCACCACUUGAGCCUGCCCUCCCAGCACCCCGGCACCCCUGGCCCCACCACUGACCCACCUUGGCCGCGGUUGAGCCAGCGGAAGGCCAAAACAGGGUGCCGCCGGGGCUGCAGUCGGGCGGUUUCCAGGGCCCUGCAUGGAAAGCUGCAGGUACCCUCUGUACCAGCUGGGCAACCCCCAGCUCCGCGUCUUCCGCACCAAUUUCUUCAUCCGGCUGGUGAGGCCCGGCACGGCCCAGCCCGAGGACACCGUGCAGUUCCAGGUCCCCAUGGAGAUGACCAGAGUGGACGUCAGGAACUACCUGCAGAGCAUCUACGGUGUGCCCGUGGCUGCCGUGCGCACACGGGUGCAACACGGUUCCAGCCGGAGGCGGGACCACAGGAACGUGCGGCUGAAGAGGCCCGACUCCAAGGUGGCCUACGUGCAGCUGGCUCACGGGCAGACCUUCGCCUUCCCUGAUCUGUUUCCCGAGAAGGGGCCGAGCGCCGGCGGCUCCGUGGAGGACGUGCAGGCCAAGCUCCUGGAGGACGAGCGGCAGCGGCCCGACCCCCGCCGGCCUGGCAUCCCCAGCUGGUUCGGCCUGUGACAGGGACACAGCCUGGGCUCCGCUCGGUGCCACGACGGACCCACGCGUGGAGCCCACUCCUCACCCCCCAAAUAAAGCCCUGCUGCCUGGAAAAAGG